AUGUCUAAAUCUCUUCUGCAUUUGCAUUUUCUCUCGCUACUCUUUCUCUGUUGUGUCUCCCCUUCAAGCUUAUUCCUUGUUGAUGAUCUUGUUGCUUGUCGUCCCGAGCAGAUUCAAGCCCUUACGCAGUUCAAGAACGAGUUUGAUACUCACCGCUGCAACCGUAGCGACCCCGCUAAUGAACGAAUCAAAUGCGAUAACUCGACGGGUGCCAUCACGAAGCUAAAGCUAACGGCCUGUCUCACUGGAACUCUGAUGCCCAACAGUAGCCUCUUCAAGUUACAUCAUCUCCGUCAUCUUAAUCUCUCUGGAAACAACUUCAUCUCCUCUUCACUUCCUUCUGAAUUUGGCAAUCUCAACAGGUUAGAGGUCUUGUCUCUUUCCUCAAAUGGCUUCAUCGGCCAAGUUCCUUCUUUGUUUAGCAACCUAAGCCAACUAAACCUUUUAGACCUGUCCCAUAACGAGCUCACUGGUAGUUUUCCACUUUUGCGUAAUCUAAGCAUGCUAGAAGUUUUAGACCUUCGCAAUAAUCACUUUGCUGGAGUUCUGAACUCCAAAAGUAGCCUCUUUGAGUUGCACCAGCUCUGGGACCUUCAGUUAGGUUUUAACAACUUCAGCUCCUCCCUCCCUUUCGAAAUUGGAAAUCUCAACAAAUUAGAGGGUUUUUCUCUUACCUCUAAUGGCUUCUUUGGUCAAGUUCCUCCCACAAUUAGUAACCUUACCCAGUUAACCAAGUUAUUCCUUCGCGACAACCGGUUCACUGGUAGUUUCCCACUUAUACAAAAUCUAACCAAGCUCUCCUUAAUCGAACUUCGUAAUAAUCAAUUCUCUGGAACCAUUCCUUCUUCCAUCUUUACUUUGCCUUUCUUGUCAUAUCUCGAUAUGCAUGGAAACAAUCUCAACGGUUCUAUUGAAGUUCCUAAUUCCUCUACCUCAUCUAGUCUCGAGUCCCUGCACCUUGGGCGUAACCAUUUUGAAGGAAAAAUACUAGAGCCUAUCUCAAAGCUGACCAACCUCAAGAAACUCGACCUUUCUUACUUAAACACAAGCUACCCAAUUGACUUAAACCUCUUCUCCUCCUUCAAAUCUUUGUCCGGUCUGGAUGUUUCGGGUAACAAGAUAUCUCCGGCCAGUUUAAGUUCAGAUUCAUAUAUCCCGUUGACCAUGGAAGUGUUGUUCUUGGAGCAUUGUGACAUCAAAGAGUUCCCAAACAUCUUAAAGACCCUUCAGAAUUUGGAGGUAUUAUACAUGUUGGGCAAUGGAAUGAAUGGGAAAAUCCCUGAGUGGUUAUGGAGUCUUCCUCGUCUGAACACAGUGUUUCUUGGGAAUAAUUUGUUCAACGGUUUCGAAGGUUCAUCGAAAAGUUUAGUAAACUCAUCGGUGCAGACCAUAAAUUUGGAGACAAACCGUUUCAAAGGAGCACUUCCUCAUCUACCACUCUCUAUCAAGUUUCUAAGUGUUGACAACAACAGAAUCAAAGACACGUUUCCUUUCUGGCUCAAGGCUUUACCGGAUUUGCAAAUCCUUACCCUCCGUUCCAAUGAAUUCUAUGGUCCAAUAUCUCCUCCUGAUCAAGGUCCUCUCGGAUUUCCAGAGCUGCGUAUAUUUGAGAUAUCUAAUAAUAAGUUUACUGGGAGCUUGCCACCAAGUUACUUUGUGAACUGGAAAGCAUCAUCACUCACUAUUAAUGAAGAUGGAGGUUUAUACAUGGUAUACGAGAGCAAUCCUCACAGUGAAGUUGUCUAUGCACAUAUGGAAUAUAUAGAUUUGCAAUACAAAGGACAGAUUCCUGAAUCUAUCGGUCUUUUGAAGGCACUGAUUGCACUCAACUUCUCAAACAACGCCUUCACAGGCCAUAUUCCUCUGUCCUUCGCCAAUCUGAGCAAGCUCGAGUCACUAGACCUAUCAAGCAACCAACUCUCAGGGACUAUUCCUAAUGGACUCGGGAGCCUCUCGUUUUUAGCGUACAUUAACGUGUCUCACAACCAACUUAAAGGUGAAAUACCACAAGGAACACAAAUUACUGGACAAGCUAAAUCCUCAUUUGAAGGGAAUGCAGGGCUUUGUGGUCUUCCUCUCCAAGAAAGUUGCUUUGGGAGUAAUGCGCCAACAACACAACAGCCUAAGGAAGAAGAUGAAGAAAGAAGAAGAACAAGUGUUGAGCUGGAAAGCAGUGGCAAUAGGGUAUGGGCUUGGAGUGUUGUUCGGAUUGUCAUUAGCACAAGUCAUUGCUUCAUACAAACCAGAGUGGCUCUCCAAGAUAAUUGGUCCGACUAA